AUGUCUGCAUCCAUGAACUAUGCUAAGCCUUUGAUCAAUUUACGAUCCACUCUACGUCAAUGGACUGAUAACACUAGUGUCGCAGAUAGCAUAUUAACACAUGUACUGAACAAAGAUUAUGGGAACAGAUGUUCAGAAAACAACUUGAUAUAUGAUGAUUCGUUGGCGAUGAAUCAGCUCAAAGAUGUUUCAAAACACGUUGGUCUUUUCUUAUGCCUGGGAAGACUAAUUGUGACUCCUAAAGGUGUUACCAAACCUCCUGAAUUGGAUGGUAUUCGCCAUGGUGAGCGUAACAGGUACGAAAUUGAAAGCAGAAAAUAUGAACUGAGUCGUGUGAAUUACUUGGAUGGUGAAAUUUUGUUCAAUGGACGUAAUUUUGACGUGCAGAGCUGCAUUCAAAAUCUCAAGUUUAUUUUUGAUGGCGAUCUAUCCGAUGGCCAAGUGUCGCUUUUAUGA